CACCCACUAGAGAGAGAGAGGGAGACGAAAAGAUGGUGUCGCUUAAGCUACAGAAGCGGCUCGCCGCCAGCGUACUCAAGUGUGGCAAGGGCAAGGUUUGGCUCGACCCCAAUGAAGGCAAUGAAAUCUCCAUGGCUAACUCUCGACAAAACAUUAGGAAACUGGUCAAGGAUGGUUUCAUUAUCAGGAAACCAACCAAGAUUCACUCACGAUCCCGUGCUCGCCGAAUGAAGGAGGCCAAGAGAAAGGGACGCCACUCUGGAUAUGGUAAGCGUAAGGGUACCAGGGAGGCAAGACUACCCACUAAAGUGCUUUGGAUGAGGAGAAUGAGGGUGCUUAGGCGCUUGUUACGCAAGUAUAGGGAGUCAAAGAAGAUUGACAAGCACAUGUAUCAUGAUAUGUACAUGAAGGUGAAGGGUAAUGUUUUCAAGAACAAGCGUGUUUUGAUGGAGAGUAUCCACAAGUCUAAGGCAGAGAAGGCUAGGGAGAAGACAUUGUCUGAUCAGUUUGAAGCCAAGAGGGCAAAGAACAAGGCUAGCAGGGAAAGAAAGAUUGCAAGGAGAGAAGAAAGACUUGCUCAGGGACCAGGAGAAAAAGCAGCACCACCUGCCGCAGCAGCCCCUGCACCUACAUCUCAGCAAGCUCAGGGAACUAAGAAGUCCAAGAAAUGAUCCAUGAUGACCAGUUUCUGCAAUCAGUGCCUCUAUGUUGAUUUUAUGUUUUCGUUAGAAUUGCACUUUAGCUUUUUUGAUCUGUAUUGUCGUAAUCACAUAACUAUGUUGUUUAGUGAAAGGAGUAUUGAAAUUACACCCAUCUGUUUUCA